AUGGGAAAAGUGCGCACUAUGAGUCGGCGACGUAUCCACAGCGGCGCGUUGGUGGAUGAUUCGUGGCAGCCACCAUCGCUUACAGCCAGUGAGCGUGCUUAUAUGAUCCGCAAGGCGAAAGAGGCGUCCGUGGCACUCGUAGACCAUGCGCAUACGCUGGAUGGACCGGUACAAUGGCAUUACACAGGUAAGCUUCGCGGCAUUCAAAUGUAUCGUGGUGAAGGCUGCUAUGAUCGUGCUGGUACUUCUGGCACUGAGUUUCUCUGUGGCGUAACGACCAUGUUGGGCUCAAUUGAAGAAGUGGCUAAUUAUUUUAACCAACAGACGACAGAGAAAAUGCUUGCAAAGAAGGCAGAGGACGUGCUUGAUUGUGCCGUGCUUUAUUCUCUUGCGGAAGGAGAUUCGAAUAAUCCAUUCUAUCGGGUGUCAGCUAAGUAUCAGCUGUACGAAGGUCCGUCUGCGUUCUCUAGAGAACGAGACUAUUGUUUCUUAGAGUGUCAGAAUACGUUUCGUCAUGCGUCGGGACGUCGAGGAUGGGUACUUAGUAUGCACUCUAUUAAACUCCCGAAUUGUCCUGAAAUGGAUGGAGUGGUGCGAGGAAGUAUGUACCAAUCGGGUUAUGUGUUUGUGGAGGCAGAGAAGGAAGGAUAUAUGGAUGUGAUGCAUAGCUUGCAGAUAAAUUUCAAGAGCACUAGCCGGCUGCCUCAUUUUAUGUUGAAUGCAGCUUUAAAGCGCCGGAUAUUGUCCGUUGUGACUAUCAGUCGAGAGAUUCAAACGACGAGAAUGGGACGCCAAACGCUCUUGAAGAAAAAGCAGCUGAUGCCGAAACGAUCAAGAGCACUUUGUGUCAAUUGUGCCCGCAAGUUUUCUCUGUUUGUACGCAAAACGCGCUGCCGUGUGUGUGGUGAAGUAGUUUGUCAACCGUGUGCCCCGCAGGUCAUGAUAUCGACGAAACAGGGCCCAGUGAAGACUCGAGUAUGCACCAGAUGCUGCCAUUUGUCUGCUGAUGACGAUUAUGAACCGAUUAGUACUCUACAUAACUCGCCCAAUGGAGCCCACAUGCGACGUAUGCAGAAUGUGACUAGAUAUUCGGAUAUUUUGCAAGACCAGCAUGAUCAUCCGGAUAUGUACCACGAGGAAGAUGAAGAUUGUUUGGAGGAGGAUGAUGAUGAAGAUGGGCUAGAGGAACAGUCAGAUUAUAGUGUGUUUGCACAGUCUCGUUUUACUGACGCAAGUCGCAAUUCCUUUGCAACGAGUCAAUAUGGUUCUUCGAGAUUCGAAAGUCGUUUUGAAGGAACGAGUCAGUUUGACACUUCAAGUAAAUUUGACGAGAGUCAGUAUUACGAUGGUGGUUCCAGCGAGAACAGCUUUGUUAGUGGUACCAGCUCUUCACGCUGGAAAGGGAGCAGCAGUGCUGCUAGCAGUAUGUCGGGAAGGAACCAAGCCAGUAGUGUUAAGCCCGCUGACGGUCACAAUUACGACCCUCAAGCCUCUGCGAAUAGCAACUUCUACGGAGCAAGUAACUAUGGAAGUGACUACGGUGGAAGCAAGCACACGCUCGACGAGGAGUCCGUCAAGCGAGCUGGUAGGUAUAACGCAGCAGCACCUAUCCCAGAGGACGAGCCUUUCAGUCGUCGUAGUCAUAAAGCCAGCACUAAUAGGAGCCACAACUCAAACAAAGAUUACAACUCAACCAAGGACAGCAGCUAUGCUUCUGCCAAAUCGUCAAGCGUCAAAGCAACGCAAGGAACAAAGUAUGACUUGACUAAUGUCAGUCAGAACUCCGAUAGUAAGCACGCAAGCAAGACUUUGUCAAUCCAAAGUCUCGCAAAGGCUCGUUCGGCGCGUUACGGAAUCAAGAGCCAGUUUCCGGUACCGCCUCCUCCACCGCCGUUUUCUCCGCCACCUGAACAACACGAGGAAAGUUACGAACAUGACAGCCCAUUACAUCUUGGGUCGCUUAUGAUGAACGAUCACCAAAGUCUGAAGGAUCAAAAGCCGAAGGGUAUUGCCACGCGGAAAAUUUUUACGCCGCCUCCUUUAAAAGAAGGACGUUGUGAGACAGACCGAGUGUCAGCGAAGCGUGUCCCUCAGGUUGCUCAGAACAUGGCGUUUAAUGCCGCAUCGGCUAACAGACAUUCACGGGUAUCUCAAACUAGUUCAAUAGAUUCAAGUGGGUUUGGUAAUACUCGAGCUUCUGCGAUUUUGGAACAAGUGCGUCGCAACCGUGGCCGAACGCUUCAGUAUUCUCCUGAAGGUGAUCGAACUUUGGCAGUGCUGAAGUCUACGGAAAGAGAAAACUUGAUAAGGAUGCGUGAAAUGGAGCGCAUGCAAGAAUCGGCCAAAGAGAAAGCGGCCCGGCGGUCGAUGGCAUCAAACGGAAGUCGAAUUGCUGUGCACGCAACACAAAAUGAUGCUUCGAGUGGUGCUGGUGCUAGAAGGAAGAAGGAAGAUCGACGCCGCAGCUCUCGUCACUUUAUCGCUGGGUCCUCUCUUCAUUCUUUAAGGGGAGCGCCACCUGGAUCUCCGCCUGGUACCCCACCUAGCAUGCGAGGCCGUCGCUUACCCAAUAGCGCACCCUUCAACAGUCAACCAAAUCGAUCUUUUCGAGACAAUCACUCGCGGCGUGCGGAUGCUAGUGGCGACUUUGAGGGAAGUCAGAUUCUGUCCAAUCGAUCGAAUACUAGUUUUGCAAGGUCGGGCGCCCGUGUUAGCCUCAUAUCAUCUGGGCAGAGUGAAGAUCUUACGUUCAGAUCUCAAGGGCCUGGGCACCGUAUCACCACCAAAGACAGUAAGCAUGUUAAUGGGCAGGGUCUGGAUGGCUCUCAGGGAUCGAACAAGCGAUUUACGUCUUCGUUUGGUAACCGACAGCUGGAUGAUUCUUGCGCUUUGAUUAUCCCCGAAUCAAGACAUCCGGAUGACCUUGUGUUUAGUGAGUCUCAGCUUUUGUUAGAUAAGGCGAAGUUCUCCAGUAGUAUUGCAAUUUUGGAAACUGGUGAGUCCCGAGAACACUUUGCAAUGAUGGAGAGAUUUAGCGAAGAAUGUAGCUUGGGCGAUUCACUGUUGAGCGAAGAUUUGCUGAGUCAGUCUUUGUCGGGCAUGAAUGAGCAUAUCAAUUCGAUGAGAGCUGUUGCAGCGUACAAACUACCAGACGAAGAAGACCGGUUGUCAGACGAGUUGCGGGGGCGACAAGAAGAGCACCGCAAGCGAAUGGAGGAGCUAAAUAAACUGACGGCUAACCACGUCGUUGGAACUCGAGACAGGACAUCCACUCUAGGUGACCUCCAUGACAGCUCAGUCAGCCUCAUGGGAUACUCUGGAAAUUACUUUGGCGAUAGCACCAUUAGUUCCGUCAGUCCCGCCAGCUCCGUCGAGAUUGAUGACGAAGAAUUUGAUUUUGGAUCUCGACCGUUUGGACGCACAAAGCGUAGCGGCACAAUUUUCUUUGCGUUGGAGGAGUUUGAACAAGCGCCAGAUGCGGAAGAUAGCGAUGAGCUGAGUGAGGGCCUCGAUGAUUCUAACACGUCGAUUUGUCAAAGCGAAGAGUACGCAGAGCAUGACAUGAUCAAGCUAGAGGAUGGGUAUCGCUCGAACGAAGAAUUCGCUUGUGAGAAUGCCGAGAGAUCUUUGCCGGCGUAUCGCUUUAGUGGAGAGUAUGUGAAGACCAAGCAUGAGCACGAGAAUGAGUCUAUUCCUGCAUCUUACCGUUCAAGCGAGGAACACAUGAGCGGUUUUGCCACACCACCCCGCCGUUCGAGCGUAAGGAUUGCGGAAAGCGAGCAUGAAAAAUACAGUGGUUGUGUUACCCCACCGCGGAGCCCGAACGUGGAGUCAGUAGAAAGCGAGCACAAACCCACGAAUGGUUUGGCCACCCCGCCACGUCGUGCCAGCGAAGGAACUACGGAAAGCAGGCAUGAGCACAUGAGAGCCACCCCGUCGCGCCGCUCGAGCGUAGAAUCCGAGGAAAGCGAAUAUGAUCGGGAUACCGGCUUUAUUACUUCACCGCGGCGAUCGAGCGUGGAGUACGAAGAAAGUGAUUAUGACCGAACAAGCGGCUUAGCUACCCCUACGCGCCGCUCGAGCGUGGAGUCUGUAAAAAGCGAGCACGAUCAGGCUUCUGACUUGGUUACUUUACCGCGCUGUUUGAGUGUGGAGGUUGUGAAGACCGACCACGACCAGAACACUGGCUUUGCUACUCUACCGCGCCGCUUGAGCGUGGAGCCUGCGAAGAUCGAGCACGAUCAGGUUGCUGGCUUUGUUACUCCACCGCGGCGUUUGAGUGUGGAGUCUGAGGAAAGCGAGCAUGACCAAACAAGCGGCAUAGCCACCCCACCGCGCCGCUUCAGCGUGGAGGCCGCGGCGCCUGUGAAGAGCGGUCACGAUCAGGUUGCUGGCUUUGUUACUCCACCACGGCGUUUGAGUGUGGAGUCUGAGGAAAGCGAGCAUGACCAAACAAGCGGCAUAGCCACCCCACCGCGCCGCUUCAGCGUGGAGGCCGCGGCGCCUGUGAAGAGCGGUCACGAUCAGGUUGCUGGCUUUGUUACUCCGCCGCGGCGUUUGAGUGUGGAGUCUGAGGAAAGCGAGCAUGACCAAACAAGCGGCAUAGCCACCCCACCGCGCCGCUUCAGCGUGGAGGCCGCGGCGCCUGUGAAGAGCGGUCACGAUCAGGUUGCUGGCUUUGUUACUCCGCCGCGGCGUUUGAGUGUGGAGUCUGAGGAAAGCGAGCAUGACCAAACAAGCGGCAUAGCCACCCCACCGCGCCGCUUCAGCGUGGAGGCCGCGGCGCCUGUGAAGAGCGGCCACGAUCAGGUUGCUGGCUUUGUUACUCCACCGCGGCGUUUGAGUGUGGAGUCUGAGGAAAGCGAGCAUGACCAAACAAGCGGCAUAGCCACCCCACCGCGCCGCUUCAGCGUGGAGGCCCCGGCGCCUGUGAAGAGCGGUUACGAUCAGGUUGCUGGCUUUGUUACUCCACCGCGGCGUUUGAGUGUGGAGUCUGAGGAAAGCGAGCAUGACCAAACAAGCGGCAUAGCCACCCCACCGCGCCGCUUCAGCGUGGAGGCCCCGGCGCCUGUGAAGAGCGGUCACGAUCAGGUUGCUGGCUUUGUUACUCCACCGCGGCGUUUGAGUGUGGAGUCUGAGGAAAGCGAGCAUGACCAAACAAGCGGCAUAGCCACCCCACCGCGCCGCUUCAGCGUGGAGGCCGCGGCGCCUGUGAAGAGCGGUCACGAUCAGGUUGCUGGCUUUGUUACUCCUCCGCGGCGUUUGAGUGUGGAGUCUGAGAAAAGCGAGCAUGACCAAACAAGCGGCAUAGCCACCCCACCGCGCCGCUUCAGCGUGGAGGCCGCGGCGCCUGUGAAGAGCGGUCACGAUCAGGUUGCUGGCUUUGUUACUCCGCCGCGGCGUUUGAGUGUGGAGUCUGAGGAAAGCGAGCAUGACCAAACAAGCGGCAUAGCCACCCCACCGCGCCGCUUUAGCGUGGAGGCCGCGGCGCCUGUGAAGAGCGGUCACGAUCAGGUUGCUGGCUUUGUUACUCCGCCGCGGCGUUUGAGUGUGGAGUCUGAGGAAAGCGAGCAUGACCAAACAAGCGGCAUAGCCACCCCACCGCGCCGCUUCAGCGUGGAGGCCGCGGCGCCUGUGAAGAGCGGUCACGAUCAGGUUGCUGGCUUUGUUGCUCCAUCGCGGCGUUUGAGUGUGGAGUCUGAGGAAAGCGAGCAUGACCAAACAAGCGGCAUAGCCACCCCGCCGCGCCGCUUCAGCGUGGAAUCUGUGGAAAGCGAGCACGAACCGAACUGUGCACUGCACCGUUCAAGCGCAGAGUCUGAGAGCGAUUGUGAACAACAGACUAGCUUUGUCACCCCACCAUUCCGUCACAACAUGGAAAGCGAGCACAUACAGACGAAUGGCUUUGUUACUAUACCACGUCAUGAAAGCGUGGAGUCAGCGGAGAGCAAACGCGAGUACGAAAGUGAAUCUGACAGCGCUAGGUUGUCCUAUUGUUCAAGCGAAGAUUCUAUGGAACAUGAGCGUGAUGGUGACUUGGGAGAUGCUGCUCAUCGCUCUGGCGAAAAAUCAGUGGACAACGAGCACGAGAAUGGUUAUGAAGAUGCCAAGUCAGCGUACUCGAGCGUGAAACACCAAUCUUACCUAGAGCACGUUGAAUCUGCCUACUGCUCGAACAAUGGAAUCGAGUUAGACGAAGCUGUCGUAGUGCCGAAGCGGCCAAGCAACGAGCCAUUUGUACCUCCAACGAAUAUGUCAAACUUCCAGCUAAAUAGUUCGCAGCUCAUUUUUGGCGAGGGAGGCCUGGCCGUUGACGAGUUCAUUGCUGACAGUUCACGUUUACUAUCGAAUUGCAUGCUGUAUCAGGUGGACGAAAAUGGCGAUGAAGGCACAUGCUCGCCAUGUGAUACGUCGGAACUCCAUCAUUUGCGCUUGACCUCUAACACUAGUGAGGAAUGCAAUCUAUUGAAGACGCCACUCUCGAAAAGUAGGUUUGGCACGGAUAUGCUUGAGCAUGUGACCUCUCCUCGCGAGUCGUGCAUGUCCGCGAUUGACGAGGAGUUGAUGAACCGCCCGACCAACGAGCUAUUCGAUAUGAUUCGUGCGAACCGUCCAAUAUAUAACUCAGAUGGUAGUCGUUCUGUGGAAAUGAUGUACGAUCUAGAGGCGAGCCACAUGCGGCGGAUGGAAGAGUUGAAUUGUAUUGCAAUUGACCACUUGGGCAAUCGCAUAUCCAAUCUAAGUGAUGACAUGCUUGGCAGCGCAUUCCAGCCUGGCCGAUCAUUGUAUCCUGGCUUCCGAAAUGAGGAAAAAGAGAUGCAGUGGCGUUCGUCCGAUGUCAUGGAAGAGGUCCAAAGCAAACACCAGGUCGACAUGGAGAGACUUCGUCGCCGAAUCCGUCAGCUUGAGGAAGAAUGCCGCGAGUCAAUUGCAUCCGUGUUGACUACAGAGGAAAUGGAUUUAUCUGAAUUUGACGACGAUGACAACAGGCCAACAAGCAGGGGUUUCGUUGGACGUCAGAGCUUUAACCCUCAGACUUCCUACAUGGACAGGAGUGACUUAAGCUCAUCUACAAUUUCGGAGCAUGGCACUACGGACAUGCCGCCCCAAAUUGACGAGCCUCUGCCUGCCCAGGUCCUAUUCGAGCAGAUUGCGCAGCUGACUCGGUUGCAGCAGGAGAUGGUCGAAGGUGAGGGCGAUGAAGAUGAAGAAGAAUGUCGUAAGCGCAUGAAGGAGCAGUACCGCGUACUACGCUCGAUCAAGGCAAACAGCCGCCAGGAGCGCGAGUUACUGAGUCAUCAGGAGCGCGGGUCAUUAAGUGAAGAUGAAGAAAACUGGAUUUAG